AUGGUGGUAGCUUCUCUCGAAAGGGAUAGCGAUGGGAACUCUAGAUUCCGAGGAUGCACGAGCAUCCGCGAGUUUGAGUUUUUAGGUAAACUUGGGGAAGGCACUUUUGGUGAGGUUUACAAGGCGCGCUCGAAAAGAGAUGGUUCAAUUGUUGCCUUAAAAAAGAUCCUCAUGCAUAAUGAGAAGGAUGGGUUCCCGAUAACUGCUCUCCGUGAGAUUAAACUCCUGAAAAUGCUAUCUCACAGGAAUAUCCUCCAGCUUAAAGAAAUGGCUGUGGAGCGAAGCAAAGGGGAAGGCCGAAAGAAACCGAGCAUGUACAUGGUUACUCCCUACAUGGAACAUGACCUUUCCGGGCUAUUAGAGAAUCCAGCCGUGCAUUUCACUGAAUCCCAGAUUAAGUGCUAUAUGCUGCAGCUUCUUGAGGGACUAAAGUAUCUCCAUGGGAAUCGCAUAUUGCAUCGUGACAUGAAAGCUGCCAAUUUACUUAUCAGCAACAGAGGUAUUCUUCAAAUAGCUGAUUUCGGGCUUGCACGACCGUAUGAUGAGCCUCCUCCUCAACCUGGGAGAGGUGGCGGGGAAGCCAAAAGAGACUAUACCACCUUAGUUGUGACUCGAUGGUAUCGCCCUCCAGAGCUCCUUCUCCAGCUACGACGCUAUACGACAGCUAUCGAUAUGUGGGGUGUCGGGUGCGUUUUCGGCGAAAUGUUCAAGGGCAAGCCAAUCCUUGCGGGCACUAGCGACCUUAACCAAGCCCAGCUUAUAUUUAAUCUUGUGGGCACACCUACAGAAGAAAACAUGCCUGGCUGGAGCUCGCUCCCGGGUUGUGAAGGUAUAAAAAGUUUUGGAAACAAGCCAGGAAAUUUGUCUGAAGUCUUCAAAGAGCAAGAUCCUGCUGCCAUAUCACUAUUAGGUGAGCUUCUGAAACUCGAUUGGCGUAAAAGGAUAACUGCAAUCGACGCGUUGAAACACCCUUAUUUCUCCAACCAUCCCGUACCAGCACGCCCCGGUGAGCUUCCUCGUUUCGAGGACUCCCAUGAAUUUGAUAGAAGAAGAUUCCGAGGGCAGCGUGCUGUUAUGCCUCCAGCUCCGGCUGGAGGCUCUGUGGGCAUGGGUCCCAACGGAGGCUGGAGCUCGAAUUCUGGGACCCGAGCGGGGGUAGAUUCUAGGAAUAGUCGUAUACCUGGUGCUGCCCGUUUUGGGAAGCCAAACUCCCAUAGUGGCCAAGGAAAUGCCCCACGACGAUCUCUUGAUAAUCGAGCUAGUGAGCCGCAACCAAAUCGACCGAAGCAGGUUUUGGAGGACUCGCAUCGGGCUUUUUCAUCGUGGCAAAAGGAAGGCGGUCUGCCGCCUAAACCUCCUAUGCCGUCUCACCAGGGUUGGGCUCCAGGCUAUCCUGGCCGUGUAGGACGUGAUAGGAAUCAUCCAAGUCGUUUUAGUGGCCGGUCAGACAGUACUGUGGACUCUUAUGUUCCGACUUAUAAUGGUGUAGGGGAACAUACUCGAGACGUGUAUCCGAGCAGCCGACGAGAUUACACGAGAGAGAAUCCUUCAAAAAGGCGCAGUCGAAGUCCAGGCUUCAGGGAAGGACCUCGGCCUACAGACAGAGAUUCGUACCGAAGGUAA